AGUCGAUGAUCACAACUGAUCACAAGAUGAACACGGCGGUACAACUGUGGGAUGGACAACUUUCUUUAAUCAGUACUCCAAUUCCUCAUGUUUCAUCCCCAAAUGAAGUUCUUGUCAAGGUAGCGUUCUCUGGAAUAUGUGGAACAGAUCUUCACAUACUCGCUGGCGAGUUUCCGUCUGCCAAGUGCGUGAUCUUGGGACAUGAAUUCGCGGGAGUUGUGAGCGAGAUUGGAACAGACGUAAAAGGCAUUUCUGUCGGAGAUCGGUGAGAAUUAUUGAGCGUAUAAUUUCUUACAAAUCUCCGCGUUCAGUCAUUUGUUAACUCUACGCGCUUUUCUCGCGUUUUCACAGUUUCGAUGUUUAUUUACGUCUAAAUAAUAAACACACCUUGAGAGGGUUUGAGGUCUAAUGAAGUGUACGGACAUCAAAAACGUAACGAAUUCCUUUAGGGAACAAGAAAAUAGGAUUAACAAGCUAGAUAAGUUGUGUGAAAUUAAUAAUUUAGAAGGCAGGGAUAGGACUAAGGCUUGUGUAAAAUACUUAUGACGGCGAAUUUUUUUCGUAUAAUAUAAUUAUUCAAAGAAUUGUUAUUUGUCUUGAUUAUUAUCCAGGUGCAAGCAAAGAGUCCUUGGUCAUGUGUACACCGCAAGCAUAAAUACAGAAUUAAUGAAAUAUGUCUUUCCUGAUAGAAAAACCUUUCAUUUUAACCGAGAAAAUUGUAUUUCUUACUUUCAACCCUAAUAUUUUCGUUUCUUUUGUUUUGAAUAUUAUAGCAUGUGCAGAAAAAAAUACCACACGUGUUUCAUAAUAGAGGCCACUCCAUUUGAUAUUUGAUAUCAACCCCCCCCCCCCCCCCCCCCCCUUAUCCCCCCCCCCCCCCCCCUUCCCCUCUAUGGAUGAGAUUUUCUUGAAAGCUCUGAUGUAGGUGGCUGUGUUGGCACCUUUGAUCACUGGAGUAUUCUGACGGGUAUGAGAAAAUGUUCCUAUUUGUGCUGGUAGUGGGGGGUGUUACUAUGUCAGUACUUUGAUCUUUUUUGUUCUUAGGGGUAAGAGUCAACUUGCCUCAUCCAUUGGGGAUGGAGGGAUGUGGCAUUUUAAAUGAAAUGGCCAGAGAUAGCCUUUACCUCUAGCAGCUAAUAUCACCAGGAAAAAAUGAGUUAUUGUAUUUUUCUUGGUGUCGUCUGUGUUUCAGGGUAGUGAUCAACCCAAACAGUAACUGUGGUAGUUGCAAAUUUUGUCAGAAAGGCCAACCACACUUCUGUAAGACUGGUGGCAUCCGUUCAAGUGUUGGAAUCUGGCGUAAUGGAGGGUGGUCUCAGUAUUGCCGGGUUUCUGCAGAAGCUAUUCACCUUGUUCCACCUCUGAUACCCCUGCGACAGGCUGCUCUUUGUGAACCGUUCUCUUGCAUCGCUCAUGGAUUUGACCUGUUAAUGCCAUUAACAACCUCAUCGGACAUUCUUAUCUGUGGUUCAGGAAUUAUUGGACUUUUAUUUGCCUGUUUAUUUCACUUUCAUGGCUACAGGGAAGUUACCAUUAGUGAGGUCUCUGAGAGUCGGAGAAGCCUUGCAACUGGACUAGACCUGGGCUACCAUGUUGUACAUCCAGAUGUUCUCGUGGAUAGGUAUAAUGUUGCAAGACUUAAUGGCGAUGAUGGAUGGGGAUUUGAUGCUGUCAUUGACUGCACUGGUGUUCCGGCUGCAAUUGAACAAGCCAUAAAAUGGUUAUGUUGUGCUGGAAAGCUGAUUGUCUUUGGGUGCUGUCCAAAAGAGUCAUCAAUCAAAAUUGAUCCUCAUGAAGUUUAUGCUAAAGAAUUGAAAAUCAUCGGGUCACUUAUUAAUCCUUUUACUUUUCCUAAAGCUAUUCAGUUAGUGAAAGAUAUGUCUGAGAAGUACUUGAAAUAUGAUAAGCUAGGUAUUGCUGUUUUUGAUUUGCCAAGCUACCAGUCAGCUCUUGAUGCCUUGACUAGAGGUGAGAUUUCCAAAGCUGUAUUUCAGAUGUAAGAGAAUACACCAAGUCCACCAUAAAUAAACAAAAAAUUAAUACACAUUGAAAUUUGAUCAUGUCAUAAACUAAAAUGUUGUUUUACAUGCAGUUUAUUUCUUACUCUUUAAGUACUUGUAUCAAUUUGGUUUUAGAGUUGCUCCUGGCUUAAAGUCAUUGUUCCAGUAACAUAAUUAUUUGUUUUUCCUCAAAACAAUAUAAAUAAACAAAAUUAAUAUUUGUGAAUAAUUUGUCCUGCAAGGCCUUAAGUAUAGUUUUUUGUGUCUGAGGUUGUGCUUUGACAGAAUAUUGAAGGGUGACGUAAGAUAGAAAAGGGCGAUGGUCAAGCUGUAAAUUUUUUUGGCUUGGGGUGGGAGAACUGGGCAAUUUAAUGAUAUGGUCUCUCUAUUUUCAAUCCUAGAGUAAACUGGACACAAAAAUCGCAAAUCAAUUCAGGCGCGGAUCCACACCAGUUUCCACCAUAUUACAGAAAUCGGUCAUAUUUUUCAUAAUAAACAUAUUUUUGAUAGUAAUAAAAAAAACUUUCCCAAUGUAAAUCUGCAAAUCGUCAGGGCUUGCCUUGUUCCGUCCACUACAACACAAAAAUUGACCUUGGUGAAAUAUUAAAUCUGCCAAAUUGUCGGUAA